GGUGGCAGGGAGAACAUGGCGGCUGCCUUGGUGAUGCUGGGUGCCGGCUGCGGCGCGGCCGUGCUCCAUUGGGAGGCUGCUCCCUGAGCGGGACGGGAGCCGAGUCGAGCUUCUUCCCGUUGCGGUGCUGUCCGUGUGAGGCAUGGUCGGUGUGCUGUAGCGGGGCUGAGGGCCGCGGCGAUGCCAGAGGAGGAGCCCCGAGGGGAAAGCGCUUGAGCCGGCCUGAGGAUACGUUCAGUGUGUGUGAAACGUAGCCAUGGUGUCAUGGAGAGGGAUAUACUUUGUACUUACACUGUUCUUGGGAAGUUUUUUUGGAAGUAUAUUCAUGCUGGGUCCUUUUCUACCUUUGAUGUUUAUCUCACCAGCCUGGUAUCGCUGGAUCACCGAUUCCAUUGUGGCCACUUGGUUCACGCUCCCAGUGGCCUUGCUGGAAAUGGUGUUUGGUGCCAAGGUGGUUGUCACUGGUGAUGGAUUUGUUCCUGGAGAAAGGAGUGUCAUUAUCAUGAACCAUCGCACACGAAUGGACUGGAUGUUCCUGUGGAACUGCCUGCUGCGAUACAGCUACCUCAGACUUGAAAAAAUCUGUCUCAAAUCCAGUCUCAAAAGCAUUCCGGGAUUUGGCUGGGCGAUGCAAGUUGCUGCCUUUAUUUUCAUUCAGAGAAAGUGGGAAGAUGACAAGAGUCACUUUGAAAAAAUGCUGGAUUAUUUCUGUGACAUUCGUGAACCCCUGCAACUCCUCAUCUUUCCAGAAGGAACUGAUCUCACAGCCAAUACCAAAGCUCGCAGUAAUGAAUUCGCUGAGAAGAAUGGACUUCAAAAAUACGAGUACGUCUUACAUCCGCGGACUACUGGCUUCACUUUUGUGGUUGAGCGUCUAAGGGAAGGUGACAAUCUCGAUGCCAUCCAUGACAUAACUGUGGCAUACCCCCAAAACAUUCCUCAGACAGAGAAGCACCUUUUGAAUGGAAACUUCCCAAAGGAGAUUCACUUCCACGUCCAGAGAUAUCCCAUAGAAACAGUCCCCAUUUCUAAGGAGGAGCUGCAGCUUUGGUGCCGGAAACGUUGGGAAGAGAAAGAGGAGAGACUCCGACACUUCUAUGAAGGUGGAAAAUGCUUCAGUGCAACGGGCCAAAGCAUUAUUCCACCAUGUAAAUCUGAGCUCAGGGUCCUCGCAGUCAAGUGCAUCUCACUCCUGUAUUGGACGGUGUUCCCGCUGGGUAUGCUCGCACUGCUGUACCUCUACAGCUUUGCACAAUGGUAUUUUGCAGCCAUGAUCAUCUUUUUUGUUGUGCAGCAAAAGAUAUUUGGUGGGCUGGAACUAAUCGAACUCGCUUGUCAUCGGUAUUUUAAAAAGCAACAGAAAAUUCAUGACAUGAAAGUAAAAACCAAUUAGUUCUGGGGCAGAGAAAGAGGUAAAAAUGGGUGGGUUUGAGAUGUCCUGUGAAUUUUAUGCACAGGGAAGAAUUUUUGCAUGAGAAUUGUCUUUUCCUAUUGCCAUUGUUAGACAUUUGCACUUGAUUCUGUGAAGAGAAAGAAAAAUGUUAGUUACUGCUACACGUGAAAAUGGUAGUUUUUAUCUCUGAAUGUAAUUUUAACACUGCUCUUGCAAGCAGCUAGCAACUGCAUUCUGCUGUAAUUAGCAAACAAAUUGCUGGAUUAUUGAACAAUCAUGAGGACAUUAAUAAAUGUGACAUGCACUGAACUUUCAUGUAGAAACCCAAGCUGUCCAGUGAAGAGAGACAGAUGUAUGAUUUCUGUAUGAUCAUGUUGUCGUAAAGUAAGCACUGGGUUUGGAAAUGAUGUUUUGAUGGUAGGUGGAAGGAGGAGAGGUUGUUUCUUUUUUUCUAUUUCAAGUAUUCAGAUUUCUUAUUUUAAAACUAUUUUUGCAUAAGCUUUUCCAAACACUACUGAACCUACCACUAUUCAACCACACUGGCUUGGUCACUAGAUGGAUUUUUAAGCUUCGCAGUCUUGUGUUGUAGUACAGAAAACAGUGCUGGCUUUGCCUCCACUUAAAUCUCAACUGAUUAUUUCAUAGACCUAUGCAGCUAAGUUUUGAUUUCUCACUGUUUCAUACUGUUUUCAUCUCCCUGAUAGCUGUGGGAGACUUGUUGUACUGCAGUACACAGAGCUGUGGGAUAGGGGAGCUGGUUUUUUGUUGGGUUAUUGUUUUCUUUUCCUUGUAGAGGCAGAAAUAAGCGUCUGUCUCGUAGUAGCUGGCAAAUAUUUCUCCAAAAGUUCUCCUUGUAGACAUUUUUUGAUCUAAAACAUUGUAUUUAUUUUUCAGGCUAGGCAAGAUACCUUUUUUUGAAGCAUUUCUUUUGAUUUUUACUUUGCUUCCUUAGGCAUUUCAAGUGUCCAUAUAGAUGAGUAGGAAGACUACUUGUCCCAUGUGUGUCAGCCAGACUGCUUGAAAUGCAUCUGAUGCAAUGGUUGUCUCUUUACAGACACAAGGGAUGGGUUUCAGACUUAGCACAGCACAGCGAACUUGAGCUGUACCUUCCUGUGCAGUAUUGAUUGCCUGAUGCCAUCAUUGCUUUUCCAACCUCCUUUGCAAUUGCUGGGGGCUUUUUUGGGGGUUCCCAUUAUAGCACUUUCCCCUACUUUCAUGACAUUCAGAAAAUCCAAAGGCUUAAACUCAGACAAGGCACUUUCAAGCAUAUUCCUUGUCGUAUAUAAUAAGUGUAAUAUUUGUGCUCACAUAAUAAAAGACCUAAACAUUUGGAGGCACUUCAGGUUAGAUUUGGAUUUAAACCUCAAAAACUUGAUUGACUGUAUUGCUAUGAAACCUUCCUGACUACUCAGUAUUUGUUGUUCAUUGCAUGAAGGCUUGGUUGAGCUAAACUGAGAUGGCCUGGCUCCAUCUGUUGGGUGACAUUGCCAUGAAAUGUGAAAGUACAGAGACUGAUGAAUAUCUCAAGCAUUGGGUCAGCAUGGGAGACACGUGUUUUCUUCUAAAUUACAAUACUAGGCAUGUUUGUCUAAUGUGUUUGUAUCCAGGACCAUCUAUUGAACCAAUCACCAGCUUCUAUUCAACCGUCCCUUGCAAGGCGACAAGUAUUUUUUAAUCUGUGUUUCUAAUAACAUUGUUUAUUAUGGGGGAAGUACUUGAAGCCACCUGGGUUACUCUGGGUUUUUUAAUCCCCUUUUUCAAUAAAUAAACCUAGGUUUAUAUUUAGGGUUAUGUUUCUUAAUGUUUUUUUCAUACUGAUAUUUGAUGGCUGACAACUGGUGUUUCAUUGUCACAAGUGGAAGGAGGCCAUUUCUGCACUGUGAGGACUUACUAAAGCAGAAUUCUCUGAUAUCAGAGGCAUGGUUGCAGCUUAAAUCUUCAUAGCCUGGUUCUGCUUCGCCUAAUACUCUGCUUUGAUGCAGUUCCUUGCACAUCAGAUAACUCGUUGCAAGGGAAAACCUAAAAACCUCAUUUAUGGUUAAUGCAGAGGAGACCCAAAAGGCUUCUUCUAGUCUGUCCUGAGCCACAGUUGUGCUUUCAUACCAGGAGUAACCAUGGCCAGCCUACUCCAACAGCCUUAACGCAGUCUUCAGGAAUGACUUUGGAGAACAGGUUAUACAUGUUGGUGACAUAAACACCAGCUACACUUAGUCAGAGAACUUUGUGGUACCGCCAAAUGCAUCAGAAAAAUCAGUGUGAGUCUUGGUCGUGGAGCGGUGGGAGGUUUUCAUCUGUAUGUGAUUAGAUGCAAUCCAUCAUUGACUCUUACAAGGGGUUUUCUCCCAGCUGGAGCCAAACAUACAGUGUGGUGAACAUCCUGCAGAUCUGUAAUCCAUCCUCCUCUCCCAUGUAUUUGGAUUAAAGAGGAACGAUCUUCUUGUCAGCUGCUAAUAUCACAUCUGCGGUGCCUGACUCCAUGAUGUGGGGCAGCACAUGGUAAGUGAAGACUCCUCUCACAGGCAAGGGUGCUGACUUUGUGACUGACAGAGAUUUUCAGAUUAUGUGCAUCAAUUUCCAUCUUACUCAGAAAUACAAGAUGGGAAAAGAAUGAUUAAAACUGAAAACACUUUGUGGAUAUAGAAAGUUCUUUGUUUAAAAAGUGAUUAAGGAACUGGGGGAAGAUCUUUCCAUGAAUGCUUUUUUCCCUCUAUGGUCAAAAUGUAGUUCUUUACUCAAAAGGUUCUUAAUAUACGCAUUUUUUCUAGACUGUUUUGUUCUUACACUUUUUCCCUCUUUGAAGUAUACUGAGAUGGCACUUAGGGACACGGUUUAGUGGUGGACUUGGCAGUGUUAGGUUUACAACUGGAUUCGAUGAUCUUAAAGGUCUUUUCCAGCCUAAAUGAUUCUAUGGUUCUAUGCCAGGUAAAUCACUCUGUGCUGUUGGGUUAAAGGUGCUAAUACUCCAAGAAUCACACACACCCCUCUUCCAUGGGAUGCAGUUGGCACCAAGACUUGUCUCACUAAGUCACCUCCUCUCACAGUCCCAGCAGCAGCAGUGCUCAACAGCAGCUGCCUUGUCUAUGGGAGUUACAGGUCUUGCUAGGUCUUGCUUACAUCAUUUGAGACCAGUGAUGUGCUUUAAAGGCACUACUCUUGUUUGCUCAAUCGGAUGUUUCCUCAUCAGCAUCAGGGGUUUCUUUCUCUCUCUGCUCAGAAGGUUGAAAUCCUGCCAUCUGUGUGUGUCAUCUGCGUAGUGGGAUGUCAGACCAAGACUUUUCUCUCUUGGCUUCAAAGCUAAAAGGCCCAAAGCUGGUCUGAGAGGUGUUGUCUUGAUCAUGCAGACAUAGGUCCUGAUUUUAUGCGUUGCAUCAAUCUGUGUUGUUUAACAGAGAUCUGUGUUUUUAUAACUUGAUUUUAUAUGUACACUCAAUGAAAGGAAACACCAGGAUACUACAAACCUACAGAAAGCCUUAGUUUUCAGAGUUCACUGAUUAUAUUAAAAUGGUUUAACCAUGUACCAGUUACUCUACAGCAACAAUAAAGACCUGAAGCAUCAAA